AUGGCUCUUGAUGUAUCUGUGGCCUCAAUAUCAGUCUCCAUUGCCACCGAGGAGCCCACUUCAACCACCACCGGGCGUACUGUGACCAACGUACCACCUCCCCCAGCCAGCAGUUUCAACUACACCUCCCUGGAUAAGGAUCUGACAACCGUCACCAUAGUCGACCCGGCCAUUGGCAAACGUCACAAUAUAGCAUACUUUGUCGAUCAGAAUGGGCAGGCCAUCGUAGAUGAUGAUAUCCUGUUUAGCUCUAAAGCAUAUCUGCUCAUUUUUCAACCCGGCAGCAUGCCCCUACACAAGGGUUGGAACGGCGUCAGAUCCUCCUCUGUCUGGCUAGACGGAAUCAUCCACUACAAGUGCGAGUCGGACGCGGCCGAGGAAAAGCACUCGGGUCCGAUGAACGAGGCGCUCGAUCUUUGA